UUUUACUUUUGUUUAAGCCAUGUUGUUUGGCAUAAUAAUAGUUCACAACAAUUAAGGUGUUGUAUUGGUUUCACCUGCAGGAUGACCAUGACGAGCUGCGGCGAUCACCGGGGACUCCUGUUUUUACUGCACCCGAAUGUUGUUUAGGGCUAACCUAUCGCGGUAGAGCUGCUGACACAUGGGCCGUGGGGGUUACUUUGUACUGUAUGGUAUUGGGACAAUACCCAUUCCUUGGAGACACACUUCAGGAUACAUACGACAAGAUUGUUAAUAACCCUUUAGUACUUCCAGAUGAUAUGAACCCACUUUUAAAGGAUUUACUUGAAGGUCUUCUUUGCAAAGACCCAAACAUGAGGUUGACACUGGAGGCUGUCGCAGAGCAUACUUGGGUUAUUGGAGAUGAUGGGCCGAUACCUCAGUUUUCAUGUUGGUGCAGGGGUAAGAGUUUGCGAGAGGAAUCUAAUGGGACGAAAGAUGUCUCUAGCAUAACCCUUACUGACUAGAGUGUUUAGGUUGGAUUUGUUUUUGGCUUUCCAAUUUUAGUUUUCGAGUUGCAAACAUCGUUCUGGUUACUCUGGCUUUCGGAAUUGUCAUGAUUUUGGCAAGAACAUUGUUCUCUGUUGUGUUUCUUCUCUGGGUUUGUCUGGUGUCAUGUGUUAUUUGUUGGGCUCGGUUGGAAUCACACAGGUCAACCGUUAUUGAAUCCAUUUGUAGGAAAUACUUUUGUUCAAAAGCGCUUUUGUUGAUAGCAGUUUUCAUAGAAAUGAUGUAUCAGUUUCCUUUA